GCGCCACGUGACCCGCGACCCUCAAAACUCCCACUCUGCCACUUGGUACUUGAAAUAAUGGAUUAUUUCAAAGCAAUUUCCCUUCAAACUGGACAAAUAUAGUUCUGCAAUGAGUCACAUUUCAAUCGAGCGGAAUCAGUGGAGUAGAAAUCUACUGUAAAAACUCCAUAAUUAUAUGAUAAUGGUCCAUUCCGUUCGAUAUAAUCUUUAUCCAGAGGAUUGCCCUGUAAUAAUUCCGCCGGAAAAUCGCAUUAAAGACCUUUAAUAGCCCCACCAUUCGCUUUGGAUGCGGAUUGUUGGACGAUCUAAUGGGUCUAUUGUCUCUAAAAGGUAUUAUUAAUGGAGUGAAUCGAUGAUCCGCAGCGCAGUUUCGUCAAAAAUGUGGAGGCUGCCGGUGUUCGUUCUAUGGAUAGCUCUGCAAUCGACAAGUUUCAGUCACGUGACAUUCACGAACCUGAAAUGCAGCUCGUUAGAUGAAAAAUUCAUGGAGUUUUCUACGUGCCAGAUCAAGGCUGUCAAUCGAUCGCACAAGUACUUGGAUAUAUACACGAAGAUUCAUCAGUUGCCCAUAAACACGGCCUGGGUGAAAGUGAAGUUCAUGAAGUUCGAUAAUGGAUACAAGCCCUUCUUCAUCGACCUCUCCUAUGAUGCCUGCAAGUUCAUGAGGAAUAAAAAGAAGCAUCCGAUUGCGCUCAUGUUCUUUCGAUCGUUUGUGAACAACACGAACCUCAAUCACACCUGUCCCUACGAUCAUGACAUUUUCGUGGACAAACUCUAUACCGGAGAACUGGAGAUGGAAUUCAGUCGCCUCAUCCCCAUUCCCAGCGGGGACUACGCCAUCUUCACCGAAUGGAGCUCCGAGAACACCACACGCUGUACCGUUCGCCUCUAUAUGAAGAUAUUCCAAAAAUAGAGAUCUGUUGUACUUCAAUUGUGGAAUUGUUUUCUUUGUUGUUUUUUUUUUUUGUGCGUGCAAGUAAA